AUGGUAUCAAGUUCUUCUAAGAAUCAGAAGGUCCAGACUUUCGGCCGCAAGAAGCGCGCCGUAUGUGUUGCUCUCUGUACCAAGGGCACUGGCGUCGUCCGCGUCAACGGCAGGCCCUUGGACCUGCUCGAGCCGGUCGCCCUGCGCACCAAGGCUUUGGAAUCCCUUUAUAUCGUCGGUAUGAAGCGUCUUAGCAAGCUCGACGUCAGGCUUCGCGUCAGGGGCGGCGGUUUCACCUCCCAGGUCUACGCUCUCAGGCAGGCUCUUUCCAAGGCAGUCGUCGCCUACUACCAGAAAUACGUCGACGAGGCUUCGAAGAAGAAGCUCGUGGACGAACUCGUCAGUUACGACCGUUCUCUCCUUAUCGCUGACUCUCGCCGCUGCGAGCCUAAGAAGUUCGGAGGUCCCGGCGCACGCGCUCGCUACCAGAAGUCAUACCGUUAA